GUUUGUCAGCCCUUUGUCAGCCAAGUUGUUAAUAUUUUUAUGUGAAAAAUACAAUAUAAAAUUAAAUUAAUGUAUAUAGAAAAGUAACUCUGUAUCAUGUGUGGUAAUUUCAUUUUUUCUAUAUAACUAUUAACAUUGACAAGUGAUCAUCAUAAUUUCUCCAGCAUGAAGAUAGAGAUUCAUCCAUUGACGAAUAAUCCUACAGCAGCUUGGCGUGAAUUGUCACAGCAACAAAAAGUUAUUAAAAUAAAUACUAAAUUACCAAUAACUGAGGCACCGAAUGAUAAGCUUCGCAUUGUUUGCAUGAGUGAUACUCAUUCAUUAACACCAUUCAUAAAAUUCGAUAUACCUAUGGGAGAUGUCUUUAUACAUGCUGGUGAUUUUACAAAGUGUGGUAAUUUACAAGAAGUCAUAGAAUUUAACAAUUGGAUUGGUAAUUUGCCACAUAAAAAUAAAAUUGUUAUAGCUGGUAAUCAUGAACUUAGUUUUGAUCCUACAUUUACUCAUCCCUUUUCUUUACAAACUAGUGGUAAUCGUCAGAAACAUACAGGGACCAGUAUUCUUGAUGAUAUACCUACUUUAGGUAUGUCUAAAGAUACUCUUGCAGAAGCAAUACAGACUACUAAUGUUAAAGAUUAUUUGACAAAUUGUACGUAUUUAGAAGAUUCAGAAAUUAUAAUACAUGGAAUAAAAAUAUAUGGCACUCCAUGGCAACCAGAAUUUUGUAAAUGGGCAUUUAAUGUACCUCGUGGAGAAGCAUGCCUUUCAAAGUGGGAAAUGAUACCAUCUGAUACAGAUAUUCUUGUAACCCAUACACCUCCUGUAGGACAUGGUGAUUUAUGUUGCAGUGGUGUAAGAGCUGGAUGUGUUGAAUUACUUUCUACAGUUCAAAAUCGAGUUAAACCAAAGUAUCAUGUUUUUGGCCAUAUACAUGAAGGAUAUGGUAUUUCAUCUGAUGGGAAAAUAAUAUAUGUAAAUGCAUCAACAUGUGAUUUAAAUUAUUUACCAAGUAAUCCACCUGUAGUUUUUGAUAUAACAUUACCAUCUGGUCAUUGUAAAUCAUAA